UGCUUUGGAAAUACGACGUCGGAGACCGAAUAUGGCGAAUGUAUUUCAAAUGCUCCUGAUUUUAGCAGAAAUGCAAUAUGUUUCUCAAUCAAACUAUUUUUUAUAUGACAAUUUAACUCAAACGAGAAACGUGUCGUUGUCUUAUUCAACGAGAUACGAGUAUUGCGUUAAAAUCGUCUUGAUCUGUUAUAGUGUUUAUGAUAAUCCAGCUGAUUAUACCGAUCUGGACGACGAGCAACAUGCAAAUUAUGAUCCCUACCUGCGGAAUAACGGUUGCAUCCGAACUGAUCUAACUGGACAAGAAAAUGCUACAUUUUGGGCAAAUGUUAGCAAAUGGCAACGCGAUGUUGAGGAUACCCUGUUGGACCUAAAUAUUUUUACAAUUGCCAGUGAAUAUGAUAAUGGCAAUUGCCUCAAAAUUGAUUUGACUUUAUAUUUUAAAAUACCUCGAGUUAUUAUAUGCGAUCGCAAGCAAAUGUACGAUUCUUACAUAGAAACAACAACAAUAUCGACUACUACUACAACAACUACAACUGAAGAGCCCACAACAGAUCCAAUUGAGCAUGGACCACGAUGUAAUGAGAGUGACGAAAAGGGAAUAUGGAUAACUGAACAGGUGAACUUAGGAAAUAAAUUGACCGGAUUAGUCUCAAGACUUCCGAAUUUCAUAACAAAAUUGAAUAUACUAUUGAAUCGAAAUUGUUGUCCAUAUCCCAUUAUUCGAGAUAGAAUUGAGAUAAUUAAUGAUAUCGUCGAUUUUCUAAUAGAAUUAAAUUGUGUUCCCUUUUCUGAACGUGCGAAACACACGGGCUACGCUCUAUUGGAUAUACAGAAUUUUAUGACAAGACUAAGCGCACUAAAUCACCAAGCACUUCAAGUCAACCAAUCCACUUGCAGUUGCUGCAGCAAUUGGCAAAUUAAUGUGAAAGGUGUUAUCCGCAGAUUUAAGAACGCACUAAGCUUCAUAGCCCCAAGCUAUAUUUCAAUAAUUUCGAUACUUAAUUCACUUAUUGCCAAUGAAUAUAAUCUAAUGCAAAAUGCCAACAAAGCGGAAGAUCGUCUCUCGACACUUGCAACAACAAUUGAACAUGAUGCCCAAAAGGACAAAUGCUGUAAGAUCACAAAUAAUAAUGUUAUACUGAUCGAUGAAAUAGAAUUCACCGAUUUCAAUAAUAUUUCAAGUCAGGAACUAAACGAAAGUUUUACGAACUUAGAAGGGGCUCUAGAAAACGUAGACAACGCCUUGCAUGAUGGGGAAUCUAAAAUUAAUGAAUUUAUUGCGUUUUGUGAGUCAAUGCGUUUAGAAAACGAAGGCAGAAAACUUAAAUUCAAUAUCUCAAAAUCAAAACUUGAUCAAUUACAACUGAAAAUUCGGAACCUAACACUUUAUUUGAAAAAUUCUUUCGAUAAACUUGAGAAAGUAGAUUCGCUAAAGCUUUAUGAAUCUAUUUACCAGGGGCAGAAAAUUGUGAAGAGCUCUAAAGCAAAGCUAUAUAGUUUAUUGAAUGAAAUGGAGCAAAAUAAAAUUAAUUUAAAUGAAGCUCACGAAAAUAGAACACAAUUUAAUUUGAAGACAAAAAACUUUCUCGCUGACAGUUUAACAAAAAUAAACAAUUUUGAUAACUUGAGUCCACAGUCCAGAGCCUUAAGCCAGAGCUCCCUUACAUACAAACAUUCGACGAUCAAAUUAAGAAUAUUGAAAACUCAACUAAGCGAGAAAUUUAAAAUGCUAAAGGAUAUAAUGAAUGGAAAUAUUAGAGCACAGGCACGUAUCAUUGAAAAUGGAAACAAUGAAUUUACAGUCAUUAUUAAUUCUAUGCAAAAUGAGUUAACGGAAAUAUACCAGCAAAUUAAAAAUGUCAGCGACUCAGAAGAUGCAGAGUCUUCGGAGAUUAACAACCUUUCGAUUCAGAUGGAGGAAAUGCUUGCAAAGGAGUGGAAUAGCAUGGAAAAGGGUGAUGUUCUCCAUGCUAAAAUAAAAAAGUUUAUUGAACAAAAACUACACGAUCUCGAGAAAAAAUUGAAUGCAUCAUCCGACGGAGCAUUCGUAGAACUAUCGAAUAGGCUGGACUAUUUAGAAACUAACUUCAGUCAAAUCAGAAACAAAACCCAAUUUUUGGAAAAUGUCAUGUUGAAGAAAAUUAUAUAUAUACAGAAUAUUUUCAAGGAGCUUUACGACAAGCUAAAUAAUGCUGAGAUAGCAGCCAAUGAUUGCUUGUCGUCAUGUGAUUGGGGGGAAUUGCCAACUUUUGAUGAAUUGGAGGGUCGUAUAGAGACAUUGGAAACACUGUUACAUAAUAAAAAUUGAACUGCAAUUUAAAAUAAAUAAAAUUAGA